AUGUCGCUAUUAUUCGACAAUUCCACCUCAUCCGAAGGCACCCCAUCUCCAGCCGACAGACCAUUCACACUCCAAGACAUACCAGGAAAAGGCAAAGGCCUAAUCUCAACCUGUCAAUUAUCCCCAGGCGAAUGCAUAAUCUCAGAAACACCACUCUUCACAACCGCCACCCUCACAAAUGCAAACACAAUCGAACAAGACCUCCGCUCAAUCAUAAAAUCCCUCCCCAAAGACUCCCAGCGAGCUUUCCUCAGCCUCCACAACAACUUCCCAGGCUCUCCAACCCCAUUUUCCAACAUCGUUCGCAGCAACGGCUACCCUCUCGGACCUUCCAGCUCCAUCGGUGGAAUCUUCCCACUAGUCUCAAGAUUAAACCACUCUUGUCUCCCAAACGCCCAACACGCGUACAACGAAAGACUCGGAAAAAUGCUCGUCCACAUCAUCCGUCCCAUCCUCCCAAACGAAGAAAUCACCUUAUCCUACAUCCCAGGCGGCCCCUCCCCUCAACGCCAAACCGAACUAAAAUCCAAUUUCCUUUUCACAUGUACCUGUACCCUCUGCUCCCUCCCACCCUCAGAGAAACAGAAAAGUGACCAACGUCUCACCCGAGCCGCAACUUUGGACCAAAUCAUCGGCUCUCCGAAAUUGGUCUAUACUUCUCCUCAAGAAUCUCUCACUUCUGCUCAUCAACUUUACAGAAUUUACAUCGAAGAAGGGAUAUCUGAUCUCCGUCUUCCGAGGUUAUUCUACGACGCUUUCCAAAUCGUCGCUAUGCACGGAGAUUUUGCGCGAGCGAGGGAAUUUGCGAGGUUGGCGAGGGAGGCGAGGAAGAUUUGUGAGGGUGGGGAGAGUGAAGAGGUUCAGAGGUUGGGAGGGUUGAUGCGGGAUCCGAGAAAAUUUGAGAAUUGGGCGGCGGCGGGAACGAGGUGGAAGACUACUGGGGGUGAGGAUCGUGUGUCGAGUCGGGAUGGGGAGGAGUUUGAGAAGUGGUUGUGGAGGCAGUGA